AUACAGGAGGAUGACAAGCAAACGAAGACGAAGUUGUAAAAACACCCAGGUAUUGAGGGUGGAAAGGCGCUUUUAAGAAGGUUAAACGGAAGCAAAAAAUUACGUCUACAAAUUGGAAUAUCUUUUUUUUUAAUGUUAACUUCCUUAAUGUGAAGAGAGUAUUUAUAUCUACAGUUUUCUAUUUGCACUAGUUAACGGUACUUCAGCUACUGCGAAGGUUUUUUUGUUUGUUUUUUUACUAAAGAACUGGAUCACUCAUCUGUGGACGGAGACAUUUCCUCUGCAACCAGCACUUUGUUCCUUUGCCUGGCUCCAGCUGAAUCUUGUGUUGCGCAAGGCUCGAUACCACGUGAGAUUUCAAGCGGCUUCUGGAGAUACUAAUAUUUUGCACCUGUCCAGUUUAGCAGCUAUGCAGCUUGAAAUUCAAGUAGCACUCAACUUUAUAAUUUCUUACUUGUACAAUAAGUUGCCACGGCGUCGUGUCAACAUUUUUGGCGAGGAGCUGGAACGGCAGCUGAAGCAGAAGUACGAGGGACACUGGUACCCGGACAAGCCAUACAAGGGGUCUGGGUUCCGCUGUAUUCACGUUGGGGAGAAAGUGGACCCGGUCGUUGAGCAAGCAGCCAAAGAGAGUGGGUUGGACAUCGAAGAUGUACGCAACAACCUGCCUCAAGAUCUCAGUGUUUGGAUCGAUCCGUUUGAGGUGUCUUAUCAGAUUGGGGAAAAGGGACCCGUCAAGGUGCUCUAUGUGGAUGAUAGCAACGAAAACGGGCUGGAGUUGGACAAAGAGAUCAAGAACAGCUUUAACCCUGAGGCCCAGGUUUUCAUGCCAAUCACUGAGCCUGUGGGACCCUCACCCACAUCCAGCUCACCGUCCCCUCCCUUCGGCCAAUCAGCUGCUGUCAGCCCCACCUUCAUGCCCCGCUCCACCCAGCCUUUAACCUUUACCACUGCCACAUUUGCUGCCACCAAAUUCGGCUCCACCAAGAUGAAGAGUAGUGGUCGCAAUGGCAGUAAGGUGACACGAAGCUCCCCCACCAACCUGGGCUUGAAUGUGAACAACCUCCUGAAGCAGAAAGCCAUCUCUACUUCGAUGCACUCACUCUAUGGCCUCGGCUUGAGCGGACAGCAGCAGAAGACCUCGGCCCUGUCCCCAAAUGCCAAGGAGUUUGUGUUCCCCAGCCACCAGGGCCAGGGUAGUCCAAGUGCAAUGUUCCCAGGAGAGAGCUCACUCGGCCUGAGUCUCAGCCCUCUCCAGUACAGUAAUGCCUUUGACGUGUUCGCCACCUACGGGGGCCUGAAUGAGAAGUCCCUGAUGGAUGGCCUAAACUUCAGCUUGAGCAACAUGCAGUAUUCUAACCAGCAAUUCCAGCCAGUAAUGGCCAACUAGGAAACAAAGACGCUACUACAGUGACCAGAGAUAUGUGACUGGGGAUUGGAUGGGGUGCUUAUUUUCUAAAAUUCUGAAAAAGAGGGGGGAAAAAAUAGAAAAGUGCAAAAAAAAAAAAGGAAAAGCUUACACAUUAACUGUACAGUCCCAGUGUACAAGUCAAAGAGCAUGAGCCCGAGGGUGAAUUAUUUGCCCCCUUGAGUUUUUUUAUUUUUAAUUUUUUUUUUAUUUUGUUCUUUUUUAUGAUGAAGCUUGUAGUACUACAUGUCCAAGCUUGGUUACCUAAACUCAACAUUAUAUUGUUGUUUUUUUUUUUUUGUUGUGGGGGUUUUGUUUUUGUUUUUUUGGGGGGGUUUUUUGCCAACCAAGCACAAAAUUAUUUUUUAUUGACUGUUUUAAGAUAACUCUAUGAGGAAUUAAAACACAAUUCAUGGCCUCUUACAGUAUUUAAGAUAUAGCUGGACAGCCAAUUUUCAAAGGAUUGGCAUAAAUACUAAGUGGAAAUUUCCUGGUCUCCUUUUCUAAUUGUAUAAUUUAAUUUAGUACAGAGUUUGUAAAAUAUCAGAGUAUAUAUUGUUUCUACAACAUGGUAUUGCAUUUAUAUCUUUUUACUACUCCAGUGAUCUGUGAUGGCUGCAGCAGCUUUUGUGUUAUUUCUUUUUUUAUUGAAAAUUGUAAAAUGAAUCCAUCUUUAAAAACAUUGACUAUUCUGAGGAUUGUGUACAGAAUAUUCCGUAGUGGUGGGAUUUAAGAAUUUGCGUUUUUUGGGGAAAAAAAAAGAAACAAGAGUUGUAUUUUCUGUUAAAAGUUAAGAUUUUUGCUAUAUUAUGACGAAAUGUAAUCGUAUAUUAAUUUUGUACCUACAUCGUGCAAUACUUGAUAAAAACACACGGUAUAACAAAAGUAUUGAGUCAGUGUCUUAUAUGUUAAGAGGGACUGAUAGUUUAUUAAGUUUGUAUUAAAAUUCUUGAAAAUA